AUGCGCGAGGACCGCGCACGAAAGCGCAAGAACAGUGACUGCGACCCAGCGUCGAUGUCCGUAUCUGUUGUGGCACCUCCCCCAUUUGCCUUGUCACAGGUGGGUAGUCGACAUGCAAACGAACGAAGUUCCAGGAGGAAUACAGGGCAACACGUGCUUGUGGGGCCAGAAUCAUCGAGUACGCAGGUAGACGAGCCGCGAGCUCUCAAAAGGAAGCAAGAUGAACUAGUACAAGAGUCGACGGGUAUGUCAACGGCUGCUGCAAAGCCUUCAGCAUUAGCAGCCAAACUGACGAAUAAGUUCAUUCCGGUGCAACAGAAGCCGACCCGAUCAAAGCCGAAUGGGGAGGGGGAGUAUCAGUUGAUAAAAAACGAGGUGCUCGUGUCACCGUACGGCAAUCAGUAUGAAGUGUUAGAGUUCCUUGGCAAGGGAACUUUCGGACAGGUGGUGAAAGCUUGGAAGAAAGGUACAAGCGAGAUCGUUGCAAUCAAAAUCCUCAAAAAGCAUCCGAGCUAUGCAAGGCAAGGGCAGAUUGAGGUGUCAAUCCUGUCGCGGCUCAGCAACGAAAACGCCGAAGAGUUUAAUUUUGUGCGCGCAUUCGAGUGCUUUCAGCACAAGCAUCACACCUGCCUCGUUUUCGAAAUGCUUGAACAGAACCUCUAUGACUUUCUCAAGCAGAAUAAAUUCACUCCGUUACCUCUUAACAGUAUUCGUCCAAUAGUCCAGCAGGUUCUCACUGCUCUCCUCAAAUUAAAGUCCCUUGGCUUGAUUCAUGCUGAUCUCAAACCUGAAAAUAUCAUGUUGGUUGAUCCCACUAACCAGCCAUUCCGAGUAAAGGUUAUUGAUUUUGGGUCGGCCUCACAUAGAAGCAAGGCCGUAACUAACACAUAUCUGCAAAGCAGAUACUACAGAGCACCAGAAAUCAUUCUCGGCUUACCAUUCCGCGAAGCGAUUGAUAUGUGGUCACUUGGAUGUGUUAUCGCUGAGCUAUUCCUUGGAUGGCCGCUUUAUCCUGGAAGCAGCGAAUACGAUCAAAUAAGGUUUAUUGUCCAAACACAAGGUCUACCUCCAACUGAGAUGCUGGAAAAAGCGGCAAAAUUGCAUCGUUUCUUCAAGGAAAUGAAGGCUGACAUGUCUGGCCCUGUACAGCCAACAUACUAUCGAAUGAAGACUGUGGAAGAGUACGAAGCUUCCGGGGUGCAUGUAAAAUCCAAGGAAACAAGGAAAUACAUAUUCUCGUUCUUGGACGAUAUCAGCCGAGUGUGUUAUGGUUUUGAAUCCGAUCCAAUCGAGCAAAUUUGUGAUCGACUUGAUCGUCAAGAAUUUGUCGAGAUCCUAAAGAAGAUGUUGGUGCUCAAUCAAGACUUCCGCCUCACUCCACUGGAAGGACUUGAGCACAAAUUUGUCACUAUGAGUCACCUUCAUGCAUAUGCCAAUACUAACUAUUUUCGUACCGGUAUGAAGCGUAUGGAAGUGUGCGUACGUCGGCCGACAGCAGUCGUAAACUCAUCUUCGCAGCUUUUUCGUGGCGCAGCUCCAGCCACACCAAUCGCUCAAAGCCUCCCUGCGGCGCUCCCAGCGGCUCAGCAACUUGCACCAGCCGCGCAGCCCGAUCCUCUAAGCCACGUACUGCAUCAGUAUCAAACGGUAGCAGCAGCUGCUAAUCCAUCAGCUGCAGCAGCUACACAGUACUUUUACCAACCUCUGGCUACUCUCUUACCAUACAGUCUUCCCGGAGGAUCAGCCGCUUUUGCUGCAAGUUCACGUCAACCGCAAUACGUUUCAUUUGCUCCUGCAGCACAAUCGCUUGUGCCACAAUUUGUUCCUGUAUCGAUUAUGGAUCCUACAGUAUUAGCCGCACAAGCGCAAGUGCAGUGGCAAGGAGCUGCUGCUGCUACUGGGUCACAACUAAUCUGGCCGGCUCCGACGAUUUUCCCACCUGCAACGGAAUUAUUUAUGCCGUCUUUACAGGCGAUGGCUGGUCAAAGAGCCGCCACACAAUUUAAUCAGGUGUUCGCACCACAGCCUCCUCAGAAGGGAUUCACUAUGCCGGCUACUGCCGCACUGUCACAACCGCAACUUGCUGCUGCCCAAAUGGCGACAGCUUUUGUAGACGACACAGCAUGGGCUCAACCGAAUGUUGCUGGUCUUACCGCCCAAAUGACAGCAGCACAUCGCAUUCCUAUGCGAACAGAUCAUGCUAAAUGUGGUGUAUCCGAAGCAACAAUUGCACGACGAGCAGCCGCUAAGGCAAAAGGAGUUGUACCGUCACCAGCUGUUUCUGUGAUCACUAUAAGCUCAAGUGAGGAGGAUGAACAAAAUGGGAACAGUGUCGCUUCUGAAUCCGGAAGUUCGGCAGCAAUUCGUCGUCCAACAGCAAAAUGUGCAGUAGUGCGUCCGAUGGUUGAGGUGAAACGGGAAGCUCCUGAUCAAUCAGCAUACGACAUGGUUGUGCUCACAAAUGAUAGCUUACCGACUGCGAAUGUAUGGAAUCAGUAG